UUUCGUAAUGUGUGUUUUGUGCAGAGCGCGUGCAUCAGGCGGCACGAGGAGAUGAAUGAGUGAAUGUGAUUAAAGCUGCCUGCUUCACCUGGACGGACCGACGGACGGACGGACGGAACACAGAUGAUGAGGUAGCAGCAGCUUCCAGGUCAGGAUGUCUGAUGGUGAAGAGGAACGACUGAACGGGAGGGAUGGAGACUUCUGCUACAUCAGUGAUGGAGAUGAUGAAGAUGAAGAUGAGGGGCUUCCUGACCAGUCCCACAGCGCCCCCUUCAGCUCUGAGAAUGAGGCUCAAGGCGGCAACCCGGCAGUGUGGCAGUGCACCCCUCCCCCAUCUACCUCACCCUCGGCUGAGAUGCCGGCUCACCCACCAUCCCAGCCCGGGUCCAGACCCCACUCCAGGCAGGCAAGCCAAAGCCCCUCGCCUCCCUCCACCCUGACAGGAACCAAGAAGAGGAGCUCCAAACCUUCACACAUGAGACGCAACAUCAGAAAGUUGCUAAGGGAGCAUCAGUUGGAGGCCGUGACCAAAGCCGCCCAGCAGGAGGAGCUGGAAAGGAGGCAACGUCUGGAGCAGCAAAGAAAACAGGAUUUUCCCAUACCACUGCUGCCUGAAUACACAACUGGCGAUGUGACAAAGCAUGUGUCGUCAUCGUCGGCAUCGGUGGCCUCUCAGCAGGAGGCGAAGUCAAGCAGACAGGAAGUGAUCAGUUUGGACUCCAGCAGCACUGGUGUCAGCGAGGAUGACAGCAAGACAGACAAAACCACAUCAGCUGCUAAAGAGCACAAAACAGAUAUCAUAGAUCUGAGUUCAGGGGAGGAUGACAGCAUCAUCCACGUCAGCAGCGAAUCCACCCUCGAGGAGGAGGACAGCGAGCCGAGUGGUGCGCAUGCCAACGAUGUCCUGAACCAACCAGACGACCAGGGCAGAGUGCUGAUCAAUCUGAACCACCCGACUGCAGAGACAGACAUUUUUCUGUCGCCCCAGCUGACCCGAGUGAUCAAACCUCACCAGAUCGGCGGUGUCCGUUUCCUGUAUGACAACCUGGUGGAGUCAGUGGAGCGUUUCAGCAGCAGCAGCGGCUUCGGCUGCAUCCUCGCCCACAGCAUGGGUCUGGGCAAAACGCUGCAGGUCAUCUCCUUCAUCGAUGUCCUGUUCAGACACACCCAGGCUCACACCGUGCUCGCCAUCGUACCCGUGAACACGUUGCAGAACUGGCUGUCAGAGUUCAACCUGUGGGUCCCGCCCCCUGAGGCGUUAUCUCCAGAUACCGACCCGGCGCUGGUGACGCCACGAACAUUUAAAGUUCACAUCCUCAACGACGAGCACAAGAACACAGCAACCAGGGCCAAGGUGGUGGAGGACUGGGCUCGGGACGGAGGGGUUCUGCUGAUGGGAUACGAGAUGUAUCGGCUGCUGUCGCUGAAGAAAAGCUUCGUUACUGGAAGGAAGAAGAAGAGCAAGAAAACAACUGGACCUGUUGUUAUCGACUUGGAUGAGGAGGACAGGCAGCAGGAACUGCUUAAAGGUAUUGAGAAAGCCUUGGCCCGGCCCGGUCCAGAUGUGGUCAUCUGCGACGAAGGACAUCGCAUCAAGAACUGCCACGCCAGCACGUCCCAGGCUUUAAAGAACAUCCGAACCCGCCGCCGCGUGGUCCUGACCGGGUAUCCACUGCAGAACAACCUCAUCGAGUACUGGUGCAUGGUCGACUUUGUCCGACCUGACUUCUUAGGUACGCGGCAAGAGUUCAGCAACAUGUUUGAGCGCCCCAUUCUGAACGGGCAGUGCGUGGACAGCACACCUCAGGACAUCCAGCUGAUGAGGUACCGGAGCCACGUCCUGCACAGCCUGCUAGAGGGCUUUGUCCAGAGGCGAGGCCACGAUGUCCUGAGGGACCAGCUGCCCUCUAAGGAGGAACAUGUGAUCCUGGUGCGUCUGUCUCCCCUGCAGAGGGCGCUGUACACCGAGUUCAUGAACCGCUUCAGGGAGGCAGGAAACACCGGCUGGCUCAGCCUCAACCCGCUCAAGGCUUUCUGCGUCUGCUGCAAGAUUUGGAACCACCCAGAUGUUCUGUAUGAGGCCCUGCAGAAGGAAAACAUGGCAAGCGAUCAAGAUUUAGAUCUGGACGACAUCACCUCAACGGGAAACGCCCGAUGUCCAACAGCACCCAAUCAAAAGUCCAAGAACCUGGACAAUCCCAAUCCUAUUGCUGGACUGAGUCUGAACCAGCUGCAGGAGAAAGCCAACCAGGUCAUCACCUACGAAUGGGCGAAGGAUAUCAUGUGUGACUACAAGCCUGGCAUCCUGGAGAACUCGGCAAAGAUGGUUCUGCUGUUCCAUUUAAUCGAGGAGAGUGUCAGGAAGGGAGACAAACUCCUUGUUUUCAGUCAGAGUUUAUCUACGCUCACCGUGAUUGAGGAUUUCCUGGCUAAGAGGCCAGUGCCUCCAUCGCCCAACACAACCAGCAGAGACAGAACCAACCAGACCUGGGUCAGAAACCUCAACUACUACAGACUGGAUGGAAGCACAACAGCCUCAGAGAGAGAACGACUGAUAAACCAGUUCAAUGAUCCCUCCAACACCUCAGCAUGGGUCUUCUUGUUGUCAACCAGGGCUGGUUGUCUCGGUGUGAACCUGAUCGGAGCGAACCGUGUCGUAGUCUUUGACGCCUCCUGGAACCCAUGUCACGACGCUCAGGCCGUGUGUCGUGUUUACCGCUACGGUCAGAGGAAGCCAUGUCACAUCUACCGACUGGUCUGCGACUUCACGCUGGAGAAGAAGAUCUACGACCGACAGAUCUCCAAACAGGGAAUGUCAGACCGUGUAGUGGAUGAUCUGAACCCAGUGCUGACCUUCACCAGAAAAGAAGUGGAGUCUCUUCUUCAUUUUGUGGAGGAGGAACCAGAUCCCUCCCAGGUGCAGCUUAAGCCUCAGGAGGAGAUGGAGAGCGUCCUCGGGAAGGCUCUGUACCGUUACUCUCACCUGAUUACAAAGCAACCAUUCCCUCAUGAGUCGCUGCUGAUCGACCGCAGGGAACUGAAGCUGAGCAACGCCGAGAAGAAAGCCGCCAAGAAGGGCUACGAGGAGGAGAAGAGGGCCUCAGUACCGUACACCCGCCCAUCGUAUGCUCACUACUACCCAGCCAGCGACCAGAGCCUCACCAACAUCCCUGCAUUCAGUCAGAGAAACUGGCGUCCUCCCACUCGCACUGAGGAAAAGCCGCUGACCAGCGUCCGGCCAGUCCAGUCGGCUCCAGUUCCGAUGAUGCCUCGCCAAGCGACUGCAGGCUCUGCCCUGGACAACGAUUCCUCCAGGUCCAGCCUCGGAGGCUUCCCUGUCAACUGCCUGCAAAAAGCUGGCGUGUUUGUGCAGAAAAUUGUCACCACUACUGACAUCGUGAUUCCAGAUACUAACAGCUCCACAGAUGUUCAGGCCAGGAUCACCGCUGGAGAAAGUAUCCAUGUCAUCAGGGGAACAAAAGGGACUUACAUUAGGACGUCUGAUGGCCGAAUCUUUGCCAUCAGAGCAGCUAAUAAAACCAAGACAGUGGAGGAGAGUACAACAGCGCCACCCAAAGACUCGCAAGCCCCACCUCAGGAUGUUGCAAUCAAUGGCAGCAACAGUUGCCUGUCACCUGAAAGGAAGCAGCCGGCAGCCUCCAAGCCUUUGCCCCGCCCUCUUUCACCUGACGGCCCGGAGAUCAUCAACGAGCUGCAGCGCUACACGGACAAAACCGGAUCUGGAGGCUCAGCGGGAUCCAGCAUCCAGCCAGAGAGGGCAGCAGAGAGCAGCCAGCCUCCCAACAAACCCACCAACAGCAGCAGCUUUACUGGUGGAAACAUGAGCCACCACGACGCCUCUGUGACUAAUGUAAUCCAGCCCAACAUGGACGCAACCGCCGCCCAGGACCUAAGAACAGGCUCCAAGCGUAAAGCCUCCACCCCGUCCCUGGAUGAGCGAGCCAGUAAGCAGCCCUCCAAUGGUAAACACUCCUCAGCCCCUCUGGCUUCUCAAGGCUUCCCCUUCACUGGGGGCUACGGCCUCCCACCAAUGGGGUUCAACUCAGCCAUGCUGGGCGGCUCUCUGGGGCAUCAUCUGUUCAUGGGGGCAGGCUCUCGUUACUUCCAGCCCCCCCAUGCUCAGCUCGGCGACCCCAGUUACAUGUACACAGAUCUGUUUGGAUUGAGCGGAGCCGGCGCUGUCCCCACCUCCUCCUCCUCCCCUUCAUCCACAACAACCACCGCUUCUGCGGUCUCAUCUUCCUCAUCCUCCUCUGCUCCAGUCAAAGCUGCCAGCUCCCUCCCAGGAGCCCUGCCUCCCUUCAUGCUGAGCCCCAGUAUGGCUGGCAUGGCCGGGAUGCUGCCUUCAGGCUUCCCGCUCUCCUACAGCCCAUCUCUGGCCAGCCUCUACUCAGGCUCGAUGCUGCCAGGGGGUCUGCCUGGUCCGGCCGCUACUCCUGGUCCUGCUGGAGCCAGUUUCCUGUCCCAGUAUUCUCCCACUGCUGCCUCCAGCUCCUCGUCAUCCUCCCCUUCCUCUUUCCCCUCGGCUCGAUCUGAGGGCCACCGGGGUCCGGUUCUGAUUAACGGCGGUGACGUCAGCAGGGAGAACAGCUCGGACGACGACGACGAUGUGAUUGAAGUGAGGGGGCAGUGACAGAAGCACGAUGCAGUUUAUUGAGAAAGCAUUUAGCAGUUGAGUAAUCGUCAACAUAAGAUGACCUGAUAAGAUGAUCUGCCAGGAUGCAGAUUUCUAAGAGUCUGUGGUCAGAAAUAGAUGAAAAGUGAAAGACGAUGACAACAACUGAGCCCUUGACGAAGUGUUUCCUCUGGUCAUCUCUGCGAAAGCAGUCUGGACGAGGUUCGAACACAGACGGGACACUGAGCGACAAAUCUUGAUGCUGAAAAUCAGAAGAUGAAAGCUGAUAAAAGCUCCAGAGGGAAGGUGAAAAUGGAAAUCAGAGGACUUUGGGCUUCCAAGUGUUUUGUUUUGGUUUUUGUUCUUUUAUUUUUUGUCCAAUUACUGGCAUUAAGAUGCUAAUCACUGGACUGAGUACUGCUGAGCGUGGACCUGCAGUGACCACAAACGGCCACUAGUUGUACUGUCGACUUUACCGAUUCUAGUUCUGCAGCUUUGCUAAAUGUUAAAAUUCUUGCUUUCAGCUAAUUUAAAAAAAAAGAGUACAGCUGGGUGGAAGUUGCUUAUAAUAAAAAAACAAAAAGGUUUGACACUUAGGUUAGGCGGUAGUUAAAAAAAUGUUGAAAUGGUAUUGUCUGUCACUUGCUGAAUAUUGCUACUGAAUAUUUCUUUUUAAAAAAAAGGACAGGUUAGCAGAUCAAACAGAAAGCGUUUUGAUUGAACUUAAUAAUUCACUGCCAGGUUAGAGGUUCACGAAGAAGAUCAAAAAAAAGAAAAAAGAGACGGGAUCAUGUUGAAUCAUUGUUGUUGAGGAUGAGGUUCAAGACAUUUCCCGAAACUUUAAAAGAAUGUACACUUAAUCAAAUGCCUUUAUACCAGGCCUUUUCGAAAAGACUCCUUCUAUUUAGGCAUCAAACAUGGAAAGAUUUAGAUUUUUCUUUUUCGUGUGUGUGUGUAUUUUCUAUGUAUGUAAUCGACUUUUUAAAGAAAAGGAUUGCCUAUGAGAAAAAACGAAAACAGCCAGGUGAAAAUGAGAAAAAAAUACUAGUGAGGUGUCCUCCUUGUAGCGGAGAAAAACAACCAACAGAAAAUGCCUUUUUGCCUCCAUCUUUCUGAAUGUUAACUGUGAGAGAUGAGAGGUAAAGAGAGACGGACGGUCACAGUGACUCUCUGAAUCUCACCCACAGUCUUACUGUAGCCUAGCGAAAAACGAUGCAAAACACUCACUCAAGCCUAUACAUGUAUUUGUACAACGAUCCCCUGGAGGAAACUGAGCCCGCAAAAACCCCCGAGUUUCUUUGGUUAUGCUAGCGUCGUUACUGUGUUCGUGUCUGCGUGUCGUGUUUUUAAGGGUUACAAAAGGAAUCAUUUAAAAGGUAUAUAAAUGAAAACUUGUGUUACUCGGUUCAGUAACUUGUCAACACAGAUUUCACCUCUGCUCUGCUGGUUUUCCUUUAGUUUUUCUUUCUCAUUGCAUUUUGUUGAGCAAACCAAACUAGUUUUUUUUAAGUAAAGAUGGUAGCUUUGCCAAAAAAAACCAAGAAAAAGAAAUGCACAAGCACAUCAGAAACCUCCAUCAAAGAGGAAUUGUGUCUUUAAAGACCAAAUAAUGUGGCAGAGCAGAAUUAAAAUCCACCACAGCGACACGCUUUUUCUCUCAACAUCAUCCUCAGUCGAAAUACAUAUCCGCACUGUGCUGCACUGUAAAAGAGACACAAAUCUGUAUACGUCAGUUAUAGGUUUAAAGCUAGAAAAAGCUUCAUCAUGUGACCAAGUUCCCUUUAGAUCAUUCUGCUGUUCCAUCUUCUCCAAAACGGCUGCAGCAGGAGCUUUAAAAAAAACAAAACAUCCUAGCUCUUUGGUUGAAACAUCAUCAAAGACUUGAGCAUUUCCCGCUCUUUUCUCAUUUCCUGCUCUUCUCUCAUUUUUCCCGCCCUUUUUCUCUUCCACAUGCUAGUUUACUUAUGUUUUUUUUUUUUUGCUCUCUUCUUUUUACAAUGUUUGAAUUUACCAAAUUAAUUUAUUUAUGACGGUGCAUAUUUAUUCAUUUGUAUUUUUAUUUUUGUACAAUGUCUUUUUCUCUUUUUUUUGGUUUCUAUUUGUUUCUUCAUUGUCUUUUUUGCCAGAAUUUUAUGGUCAUAUUAGUAUUUGUUGUUACUUCAGAUGGUCUUUUUUGUGUUUGGUGUUUUUUUUGUUUGUUUUUUGAGAACUGAUCAUCAGCCAGUCUGACCCAACACAUGUGAAACUGUGCAGAACUUGCAUGUGGACCAACCAAUUAAGGUGUUGAAUAUCCAGGGUGGAUUAAACGUCCGAUGACUGAGAAAUCCCCCCAAAAAUGACACCAGGGAUGCUUCGAUAUUCAGCAAAAUUGAGCCACUUUGAAACCAUUUUCUGAUCUGAAUGAACUCGGAUAAUUGGAGUACAAAUGUAUAAUCUGAAUAAUAUGAGCCAUUUGUGUGCAUGUAAGGUCAAAUCACAAGUAGUGGGUCAGAGGCAGUCCGAACACUCAUCCGCUGAAAAAAGACAAUGAUAUCAAGUGCUUUUCUUUGCUUAUUUUUUAAAAAUGGUCCAUCACCAUAUCAUGAGAACUGUCCAUCGAAACGCGUUUCCUCAAUGUUGAACUGUUUUGGUUGUCAGCUCGGCAGACUGACUGCUCUUUAGUUUCACAGCUUUCUACUUGAAUUUACAUAUUUAUUUAUACAAGUCGAUUUGCGUCGGACAAGCCGAGCCGACUGUCUGAAUUCCAUUUUAGCAGAGGAGAUUAAAUUCUGCUGUCUUUGAGGAUUGGCUCCAGUCAAAGCCUGAUGUGUAGGUUAUCGAUGGAUAAUGUGUAUGACCUUGGAUUGCUUUUAGAUCCUUUUUGUUUGUUUAUUUUUUUGAAGUUUGUAAAUAAAAAGAAAUAUGUUCGAAAUAA